AUGACAGCUGUAGGUAUGCCAGUUGUUAAUGACAAUGAAAGUGAAACAGGAUCGAAUGGUCAAGGCCAGUUGGAUCCAAUGUCAUCCUUUGGUGGCUUUGUUCUGCUCUUUGAGACAGAGCAUGAAGCAUCAGUACAAGCUGCAUCACCAAUGCCCAGGUCGAUGGUUCUUGACGCAGUACUCCAUAAAAUCUCCAGAAUUGUCUGGAACCGACCGUUUCCGGGCAGGACUGUUCGACCUGGAUACGAAAACGAAUGUUAG